AAACGUCAAGAAUUUGCACAAAGAAGAAGAUCGUAGCAGUCAUGGCGAUAGUCGUAGCAGCCUUCUUUAUCAUAAUAAUUCUAUUCAUUGUUAGUAUUAUCCGCUUAUAUUUAACUAUCGGGAAUGUAUCAAACUAUAAACCCGAAAGCAAAGGUCGCAUUCCUGUGCUUGUCGUUGCGGGAUCAGGUGGUCACACUACAGAGAUGCUGAGGCUGAUGGAGAGUCUUUCUGCUGCCUUCUCACCUCGUCUUUAUGUUCUUGCUGAUACUGACAGGAUGAGCGAGGACAAAGUCCGUGCUUUCGAACAAUCCAAAGAGUCCUUCAACUCUGACCCGCAGUACGCCAUUCAUCGGAUCCCACGGAGCCGAGAGGUGCAUCAGUCAUGGAGUUCUUCGGUCGUAAGCACCCUGAAUGCGCUGCGUUAUUCUGUGCCGCUGGUCUUUCGCCUCCGACCCGACAUGGUGCUGUGCAACGGCCCGGGGACGUGUGUUCCUCUGUGCAUGGCAGGACUCCUGCUUGGAGUGGUGGGAAUGAAAAAAGUCUUGAUUGUUUACGUUGAAAGCGUUUGUCGAGUGGAGACCAUGUCGCUCACAGGGAGAAUCCUCUACCACAUGGCAGACUACUUCUUUGUGCAGUGGGCCAGUCUGAAGGACCGCUACCCCAAAUCCAUUUUCCUCGGAAGAAUAGUGUGAUACUACUUGUUCCUCAGUAUUGAGUAAAUAUGAUUGUUACCUCUGUGUACUGCAUAUGAUACAUUGUGUUGAGCCCAGCAGUAACCAAACUCCUAGCAGGGCAUGUUUUCACUCAGCCAAUCAGUGUCCACAUGCAUACGCACAUCACAGAGUGAGCGGGUGAGUGUGCUAAAACAGUAAUUUGAAGCUAUAAUUCCAUGUACUGCAAACACUUGGAAUAAAAAAGGGGAAAUACUGUC